AAACCAUUGAAGCAGCCGGUUUAACUAUCGUUGCAAUUGUUUAAAAUAUUUUUUAUCCGCAUCUAAACCUUCGAUUCAUUAAGUCCAUAACUAAAAAUGAAAAUUUCUUGUAUUUUAUUAUCAUUUAUCUGCGUAAAUGUUGUGGCGAGUAUAAGUAUAACAGAAUAUAUAAAUAUGGUUGAACUUACAAACUUGCAAAUUCAGAGAGCUUCUGGAUAUAACGACGAUUAUAUAGGAAAUGGAUUGGAGCUUGUAAUUAAAUGCUUUAUACAAACAAACUGCUUUGAUUCGAAGUCUAUUAAUGAAAUGUUCACUGUACCGGAACUUGCAGUAACUUGCAACUUUGAUCAUUUACAAGGUUCCAGAUUGAUACAAACACAUACUCUGCAACAGAAAUUAUUUCAGACAUUAGGUAUUCCUAUGAUCUAUCCAAACGAAAAUAAUGAAAUUUUAAGAAUAACCACACUUGGAAAAAAGAGAACUUAUCUUACUGGAAAAGCUUUACAUAAUUUACGAAACCAAAUAUCUGAUAUUCCUUCACUUGAUGAUAAAAACCAAACUGUUACUGUACAUGAUGAUAAAUACAAAACAAUUUACAAAGCUACUCGUAGAGCAAUUAUUAAAUUGACCAAACUUGGAAAGGCAAGAAGACUUCUAACUAAAAAAGCUAUAAGAAAUGUACUAACUCAAAAAUUAGCUGAGCAGAUUACAGAUGUAAAGAAAUAUUCAGUUCAUAAAAUUUGUACGUUGAUAGCAAUGUGGAUUAGUUCAAAAACGGCUUCAUUACCGUUUGCUAUUGCACGUGAUUACGGGGGUAUUGAUAUUUGUGUAGUAUAUGAUAAGGACAGGAAUGCUGUAAAAUACAGAUCAUUUGAGGGUAUAUAUUGGCAAGUAAAUGUCAAUAAAAUGGAUACUAAAAUAGAAGAAUUAAAUGUACAGCUACUCUACGAUUCUAGUAUCCCACAAUUUGAGAAACAGUUAACAACCACAACAUUUUAGACUAGUAAUAAAUGUAUAUUUCUAUAAUAUUAUUAAUAAUUUUU